AUGAUGGCCAUGUGCGAGCCUGAGACUGUCGCCUACAUGGUCCAGCAGGCCAACGCAAAGCUUGGGAUUCCUCCCAGGAUGAUGCAAGAUGACCUUGUUGCCGGGACAAUUGCCGGCCUGGACACAAUCAAGGCAACCGUAAUGGGCGCUGUCUUCCACCUUCUUGAGCCCGCAAAUGUGUCAUGGAAGCGGUCAACGAACUCAGGGCAACGCCAGGAGACAUGA